AUUUGUGAAGAUGAUAGUGCCAGAAAGGGCAGGCAGCAGUUGAUAGAAAUUGUGCCACUUGUUAUAGAUCCCAAGAACUACAGCUCUCUUGAUGGCAUGUUGGUAACAUACUGCUGGCUUGAAGCUUGUGUUCACAAGGAAUCUUUGCUUCCUUUUGAAGAGGACCCGUUGUUCCACCCAUUCACAAAGUCCACUACAAAGGACCCUCUGCAUGGUUGCGUCAUUUCGUUCAGUCAGUAUAGCAAACCAGAGCGAGAUUUUCUAGUUCACUUGGCACAAUCAUUGGGGGCAACUUGCCAGGAAUUUCUUGUGCGGUCAGUACGUCGUAACAACCAACGGAACCUUUUGCCAAACACUCAUUUGAUUGCACGAGAACCUGAAGGCACUAAAUUUGAGGCUGCUGUGAAUUGGGGCCUGCCUGUAGUCACCAAAGACUGGCUGGUGGCUAGUGCAAAGUAUGGUGAAAAAAUGAAUGAGGACAUGUUUUUACUAAGUGAUGCUGCUCACCAGUUCCCCAGUGCCAAGUCUUCAUCUGCAGUGAGCAGCUUAAAUGCUUUGAACCAAAACGGAUCUUCUGCAGAAAAGCAUGCAGUGCAACUUGAUAAUCAGAACAGUGUAACAUUCCUAUCUGACAAGGAAUUACAUAGUGUGCUUGAUGGAGAAACUGAAUCUUUUAACAUGCUUCCAUAUAAGGAAAGCACAAGGCAAGCUUCAGAAGCACAUAGUGCUCAAAUGUCGGCCUCGCACGCCCCCUCGAAGUGUAAGGAGCCUGGAAGUUUUACACUUCAUGACCCAUCUUUUGCUAAUGAGCAAACUGAUAAUGCUGUUGAUGAGAGAAGCAAGAUUGCAGCUGCUGAACCAGUAAGGUUGUUGUCUGCGCCUGAUGAAAGACGGAAAGUUUCUACGGGCGGUUUGUCAACUCCAGGAAGCUUUCUCAAAAGUCAGCGUAUUCGAGAACUUCUAUCAGAAAGCCACAACAGCAUGAGCAGUAGUUUGGCCAGUGCAGAGGCUAGCAGUGAAGACGAAAGCUUUCAGCAAAGCAUAGGUGCUACUUAUAGGCCAAAGCUGAACAUCACAGGGAUUGAAGGGAACUGGGCUUCCAAAGAAAACAUGAAUACUCCGAGAAGGUCACGUCCCUUGUCUCUUGGAAAACAAAUUGCUCGAAACUUCGACCAGAUCCUGGAACAGUUUGGUGUCAAUGAAGACCUUAAUGGACUGCUGGACAACCCAAGUCCCGGACUCCAGACUGGACCAGUUCAAGGUGCACCACCAGCAUCGUGCCCACUUGUAGGAGCGAUUGUAUGUGUGUCAAAGAGGCUCUCUCAUGUCCAGAAGGAGCUGGGAGACAUAGUCCGUGAACUAGGUGGGGAAUUUAUUCCUGCUUACUCAGAUCAUUGUACGCACAUGGUGCACCAAAGCAAGCCUGGAGAGACAGUACCACGGGAAGUGCUUCGAGCCAGAGAACAAGGCAAAAGGCUAGUGAGCUCAGGUUGGGUGUAUGCUUGCAAGGGCUCUGGUUCUUGGCUUGAUGAAGCCGACUUCCCUAGUGCACAUGAUGAACGACUUUCUCUUGUAGGCCAUGUUUCAACCGUCCGUGUUCCUAAGCAGCGGUCUCAGCAGUGUGCUUCCUCGCAGCUUGGCUCACCCAAGCCCCUCAGGUCACCUCCUCAUGGAGAAAUUGGCUUGCCAAAAACACCUCAAAGCAAAGAACUGCAACCUCGGAGGCUCACAGAGAGCCAGCAAAAGAUAAAUGAUCAGCUGGAUGAACUCAUGAUGGCUGCAAAAGCAGCUGGACGACGACAGAGUUUGAGACCAGCUCCAGCACCUGUAGUUGCAUCGCCGAUUCACCCUGUGCUCACAGCAACAGACUCUACAAAGCCAUCCGUCAUUACUAGCCUUCCCUUGCCCGACUCGGAAUCCCAGUUCGUUGGCAUCACUUGGGAUGACCCAACACGAAGGAUGGAAAUGGCUAGGCUUGCCGGAAAGCUGGCUGAAAUGGAACCUGCUUCACAGCCAGCAACAGAGCAGUCCCCUGACAGAGCAGAUGAUAAUGUAUUUGAAGAAGCAGAGCCAGUAGUGGAGCCGCCUCCUAAGGUGUUUGUGAUUUCUGGCUUCUCAGAUGAGCAGAAGAUCCGCUAUGCAUCAAUCAUAUCUAAACUAAAUGGUGUGCUGCUUACAUCCAAAGCCUAUAAUCCAGAAAUGACACAUCUGGUCCUGCUACAGGCCCUUAAGAAUGAACGCUAUCUUGCUGCUCUUGCUGCUGGGAAGUUUGUCUUGCAUGCAGCUUAUCUAGAUGAGAGCGCAAAGGCUGGAAAGUUUUUGGAUGAAGAGGAAUAUGAAUGGGGUGGUCCCUUGACCGAAAGCUGCCUUAUGAACCUCUCAACGGCAUCAACGAAAAGCCACAAAGGCAAGGGACAGCAGGCCUUUGCUCCUCGUCGGUGGCGACAGCGCAUUGGCCAGGACGCUGACCACAAAGGUGCAUUCUCGAAUUGGCGUGUUGCCAUCUAUGCAAGUGCCUCCAAGGAAGCAGCCUAUGUGAAUAUUCUCACUGCUGGUGGAGCCACCAUUGUGCCGACGGCAGCAGUGUGUGCUGGCCUUGAGGCUGGCGAGAUUACACAUGCUCUCUUUGAUAGUGGAAUGGCAAAAGGAGCGCAGCUGGACCUGCUUGUCAGUGCUGGUGUUUUGUGUCUUAAAGCUGAAUACAUGGCAACAUUCCUGGUUGAUGAUCCUGUUCCACCACCUGAGAAGUUCUAUAUUCCUGAAGUGCUCAAACUUCUGGACAUUUCUGUUAGCACCAAUUCAAGCACAUCUGCAAGCAAGAGGACAGCAGCCAGCACCUCAAACCGUAGUAACCUCGCUUUAGGAGCAAAAAGGAAGAAGCCAUGACUGGACCUGCAGUUCUGAAGCAGAACAGAAGAAACAAUGUAAUUGCAGGAUGUUGCAUCUGUGUGAAUAAUAUUGUGGCUACCGGUGCACAAGUUACUGUGCAUACCAUUGCACUACCAACAGUGUAGUUGCAGUGAACUGUUGAGCAGAUUAAACCAGUUUGGUGCUGCAGUUUCCUGCCAGCAUUUACAUUGUAUUGUGUUGCACGGAUUUGAUGUGCAAGUUUUUACCUUAUGUACACGAUGUUGCUUAACAUAUUCAAAUGUGUAAAAGACUAUCCUAUGUGGCUGAGAAGAGCCAGUGGGGGCACCUCACCACCCUACUCCCCCCAAAAGACUUUUUUUAAUGCUAUGCAGCAUCAUAUAUUACAGAAUUUUACGUUGUAUUUAUUUUUAUUCUUGUGCCAGAUAUCCUGCCUGUUUUCAUUCUCAUAUGUUUAAAUAAACACGUAUUCAUCGCUUUG